CUUUCACUUUUCUUGGGACAGUCUCAUCUCUGCCAGCCCUCCGUUGAGAGCAGGUCCUUCGGAGUGUCGUCUCCUCCUCUUUGGCUCCGGUUCAGCCCAGGACAGAGCAAGGCAUGGCUUUCCAGACGCCUUACUUCACCCCGUCACUUCCCUUUACUGGUCACAUUUAUGGAGGUCUUCGAGAUGGGAUGAUGGUGAUGAUUUCAGGAAGUGUUCAACGUUCCUGUAAAAGAUUCCAGAUUGACCUUCAGUGUGGCUCUGCCCCUUCACCCAGGCCUGACAUUGCUUUCCAUUUCAACGCCCGCUUUGACGACGGUUGUGUGGUGGGGAAUUCAUUUGAAAGGGGAAAUUGGCAACAUGAACAAAGGAAGCACGAAAUGCCCUUCCGCAAAGGACAUCCGUUUGAAAUCCGGUUCCUUGUGAAUAACAGCUCCUUCAAGGUUGCUGUGGAUGGCAGGCAUUUCUUCGAGUUCCUACAUCGGAUCCCCCUGUCCAGAGUGGAGGCCAUCUCCGUCUCCGGAGGCAUUGAAGUGGCAUCCAUUAACUUCCAAGGCCCUCCUACCAAUCCAGGUUUCCCACCUACUCCAGCUUUUCCAUCUGCUCCAAGUUUCCCGUCUGCUCCAGGUUUCCCGUCUGCUCCUGGUUUCCCAUCUGCUCCAGGUUUUCCACCUGCUUUUCCACAAGGAGGUACCUUUCCACCUGGAUCAGGCUUUCCAUCCAACAUUUAUUCUGUGCCAUAUCGUGGUCAAAUCUAUGGAGGCCUUUCCCCAUCCAGAUCUGUUAUAAUCUCCGGGACAGUGUUGCCGAACGCCACCAGGUUCCACAUCAACCUGAAAGCGGGUAACACCACCGCUCUCCAUAUAAACCCCCGGUUCAAUGAGAAUGUGAUUGUUCGAAACUCUAAAAUCAAUGGGUCUUGGGGUACAGAGGAUCGCCAUCUGCCCGGAGGGAUGCCUUUGUCCCGUGGCCAGCCCUUCACGAUGUGGAUUCUCUGUGAAGCCCGUGGCUUCAAAAUCGCUGUGAAUGGGCAACACUUGUUUGAUUACAGCUAUCGUAUUCCUAAUCUUCAGCAGAUAAAUCAGCUCGAAGUGGAGGGCGAUGUCACACUGACCAGCAUUUCUUGAGUUGCACAAAAAUUCUGUUGCUGUGAUUGACCGUUGUCAAGUUUUGCCUUCACUUUGCCAAUAUUAUACCCUCUUUCCCAAAAUUGAAUUUCGUUCUGAGACGGAAAGAUGUUGCUAAUGUUUACUAUCCAUCUAUCAGACUGUAGGAUCUAAAUAGCAAUAUUAAAUAACCACUCACAAUCAGGCUUGCUUUGAAAUGGAUAUAUUGCACUCCUGACGUUUUCCCACCACCACUUCCUUUUAUACACCUUUCCUGCCCAACUCCCCCUCUUCUCAUUUUCCUUAUUAGAACUUGUUGCACUACAAGUUCCAUAACAUGGUUUCCAGCACCCUCUGCUGGCUUCAGAAUAUCGCAGAGAGAGUUGAUUCAGUCAGAAUGUCACAGAGGGAAUUUGUGAUCUCUGAAAGCUUUGAAAGCAUUUCAAAAUUGGGUUGUUGUGGGUUUUUCGGACUAUAUGGCCAUGUUCUAGAAGCAUUCUCUCCUGACGUUUCACCUGCAUCUAUGGCAAGCAUCUAUGGAGGCGAAAUGUCAGGAGAGAAUGCUUCUAGAACAUGGCCAUUAUUUGUUUAUUCAAACUCGGAUUAUAUAUUUGAAUCAGAGCUCCGUCUGUCUUUCUCUACUAUGCAACUUUUCGAAUAAAUGCACCAAAUCUGUUUA